ACAAGCCUCCGUGAAAACCUUCAACAGUAAAUCACACCUCAUAAACAGCUACUGGGAGAGACACGAAAUGUCUGAGCAAUCAUGGCGAAAAGUGUUAAGGCCCAUCUGGAGGAUACUUUUAAUGAUCUAGGGAAGGACGAGCUAAAGAAUUUUAAAAGUAAACUCUGCGAUCGGAAGAAAGAUCACGGAAUCCGAAGAGGCAGACUCGAAAAAGUGGCCGACGCUAUAGAUCUCGCUGAUCUAAUGGUGAACACCUUCACAUCGACUGGUGCGGUUCCUGUAACAAUCGAAAUUUUAGAGAUGAUUGGCUGUAAUGAACAAGCAGUGGAGCUCAAAGAGAACACAGAACAAUGUUUACCUGUGGCCCGGUCACGUGUGGAUGCAGUAGACUCAAGAGCAGAUCAGGGUCUGAAGUUCAAGUCUGCUCUGUCAGAUGAUUGGCACACACAAUUGCAAGUUAUUCCAUGCAGCCAAGAAUUUAAAAACGGAAUUCUUAGAGAAAAUGGACAGGAGAUUUACGAAGUAAAAGACAAGUCUGUAAGAAAACGUCUUGCUCUGCUUAUCAACAACAUAGAUUUUGAAGAUAAGGCUAUGACAAGAAGGGGGGCAGACAGGGAUGAAGACAACAUGGAAUGGCUGUUAAAGGAGCUGGAUUAUCAAGUUGUCAAGUACAGAAAUCUCUCUGCAAAGGAUAUGGAGAAAGCAGUCAAGGAGUUUGCACAACGUCAAGAACAUGCAUAUUCAGACAGCACCUUUGUGGUUAUAAUGUCCCACGGCAUAAGGGAUGCCAUAGUGGGUGUCCGUUUUAAUACAGUAACCAAUCCCUCUGAUACCUUCCUGAUUGAUAAAAUCUACCGCUGUCUGAACACUGAGAAUUGUCCAGGUCUGCGAGAUAAACCAAAGGUUAUUCUUAUCCAAGCCUGCAGGGGAGAGGAGCAUGGAGGCAUGUGGGCCAGUGACGGUGAGCCUGAUGAGUCAAAGGCUAUAGAGGGCGAUGACUUUGUGCACAAGGAGAAAGACUUCAUUUCUCUCAUGUCCUGCACACCGGACACCAAAUCUUACCGGCAUGUUCAGAAUGGAACAUUUUAUGUCCAAAACCUAGUGGAUGUGUUAAUGAAACAUGCACAUGAGGAUCACAUUGAGGAACUGUUCAGGAAGGUAAUUAGACGCUUUGAAAGCACAGAUUCAAUGGGGCACUUCAGACAAAUGGCGUGUAAAGACAGAGCGACGCUGCCAAAGUUGUUCUACCUUUUUCCCGGGCUCUGAUUUACAAGUUGUACAUGUUUUGACUCCUCAUCUGUGAAUUUUGAAUCUCAUG